UUAAAUAACUAUAUUAGCUAUUACUAUACAAAAUUUCACAGUUCUACGUUUUUAUUUGGCAAUUUUAUAAGGCCUAAAGUAAUCUCACCUUUCUUACUACAACAUUCCCUCCUUUUUUUACAAAUUUCCCUCAUUUUUUUGUGUUUUAAUUUUAUUUUCGCAGCAGGGUGCUCGUUAUUUUCUCUUUUUUUCUUUUUAGAGACUACCGUUUCCUUCCCUUCUUUAGUGCCAAUUUAAAAAUAUAAAAUGGAUGGUUAUCAGUACUUGGCAUUUAUUUUGCCUAGAGGCAUUUCUUUUGUUUUUAUAAACAUUCAUCCAAUUUGUUAAUGUUUUGAAUAUUCUAAAGAAGAGAAUGAUGAAGUACCUCUCUUCACUCCUCUCUCACAGGUGCGCGAAAUAGAAAAAUAUUUAUAGACAAAUUUAAGUAGAUAUAUGUUAGCUUAGCUUUCUAAACAUGUUUACCUUAAAUUAUUGCUUUUAGUGUGUUUGUUGUUGUUGUUUUUAUUUUAGAUGUUUUGAUGUUUUUUAAUGUUUCUAGUUUUUGUUCAUGUUUGUGUUGUUUUUAGAUGUUUUAUUUGUUUUGUUGUUUUAAAUGUUUUUUUCAUAUUUCUAAUGUUUUGAUAAGUUUGUAUUUUUAAGUUUGUAAUUGUUAGGUUUAUUUAUUUUUAAAUGUUUUGUUUUUGUGUUAUGAUGUGUUUUGGUGUUUUUUGUUUUUAUUUUGUGUUUCUUAUGUAUUUUCCUAUUUUAAAGAUCACAUGUUUUGUAUUUUGUUUGGUUUUGAUUUUGUGUUUUUCUAGUUUUGUAUUUUCCCCUGUUUGUCAUUUUUGUAUUUUCUGUAUUUUUAUCUAA